GAUUAGACGGAUUAGAUUUUGAUUUCGUCAGCAGCUUUCAGGUCAGAAACUAAGCAAAACGCAAGAUAGGAGGUCGCCGUUCGCAAUAACCGUAUGCAUAUUUUUUUUUUAGCAAAUCCCAACAUCACCGUCGCUGCUCUAGUCUACCUGUCAGGACACUUCUGCUGUGCGUAUUACGUUGGUGCGACAGGCAGAGCACCUUUCACACCAGCUGAUCAUUUUCUGUUCUCCAUUUGGUCAAGAUGGCGGAACUGAGAACUUUGGCUACUAGUGACCAUCCUAACAAAUCUGAUAGAAAUAAAUGCAGUCCAAUCUCCCUUGACCAAGAGGUUGUGCAAAGACUGUCAGUUCCAUUCAGUGGUCGCAUCAGAGGUGGGAUGAGGCCUGGAAAGAAGAUCAUUGUGAUGGGGAUAGUGAAUCCUGAGCCUGACAGCUUUGACAUCAGUCUGGCCUGUGGGUGUGGCACAGUGGAUGAGGCUCCUCCCACUGACGUGGCAUUGGAGCUCUGUGUCAAGUUCGAGGACCUCCAGUUCCUACGCAAGGCCUGUGUUUUGGGCACCUGGGGCGACGCUGAGAAGCUCAUCCCCUACUUCCCCUUCAUCGAGGACCAACCUUUCCGGAUCGAGAUCCAUUGUGAACUACUGCGUUUCCGUGUAUUUGUGGAUGGACACCAGCUCUUUGAUUUUUACCACCGGGUGCAAUCCUUACUGGACAUUGACACAUUAAGGAUUAAUGGUAGUCUGACCAUUACCAAACUCGGAUAGAGGGAAGAAGGACUGUGUAGGAUGCACCUUACAGAAGUGGUGAUGGAACCUUGCCUGCCACAAUCCUCACACUUAGCAACAAUGUGGACAUCGGCUUGAAAGCAAUGUCUUAGCCUCUUUGAGCCUUAGCUGACAAAAUCAAUUGCAAAGCAAUGUUCUGUCUUUGGAUUUUCUAUAGGAUGUAGCCUACCUAUUUCUGUUAGUCGUGAUUUAUUUUUUGAUUCAAGGUAUUGAGUGCUGUUGAUUUGAGAUGGCCAUGAAAUAAAAAAGCUUCCAGGGUAAAAAGAAAACUUUAAAAGAUCAGAGAUCUUGAGCAAUACAUUUUUGGUGUUAAUGAAAGCUCUCAGGAGGAAUUACAUACGCACACAUACUGCUCUGAACAUGAGGGUGAAAAUGACAUUUAAAUAAAGGACAUAGUGUGUCCUUUAUUUUAUAACAUUUUGAUUAUAUUGAUUAACUAAUAUUGAUUAACUUAUAACUACAAUAUACUACAUAUUUCAAUAUGAUAUAAUAUUUAAGUGUAAUUGGAAAUUAAUAAUUGAGUGAUUAUGAAGUAAUUAAUAAUUCUGUAGAGUAUUAUGCUUAUACGGUGACCUUUCAGUUCUGCAAUAAUUAAAUUAUGUUUCUUUUGAAUCAUGGCAUAUUACAAUAAUUUCAUGAACUAUGCCAGUAAGAUUAUAUUGCAGGGGCACAGGUUAUUAUUAAAGAGUAGAAUGGUGAUUUUCUAUUCCCUCGCCUUGAUGCUUGACAAUGUCUGUGUAUGUUGAGAAGCUCUUUCAGUGGCCUAUUCAUUUCCAAUUAAAAUAUUUGAAUCAAGA